AUGAUCUCCAACAUGCACUGCCGGCCAUCCUGUCCUACUAAUGAUUCUACCUGUUCUUCAUUCCUUUUCACUCAUCCAGAUUAUGCUAACACAAUAAAUCAUCACUCUUGUUCUCCUUCAUCUUAUCAUGAUCAAGUACCACCACCACCACCACCACCACCACCACCACCACCGCCAACGCCAACGCCAAGACGUCGUCGACGAUUAGAAGAUCUAGUUAUUACUUAUGCUUCAAAUUAUUAUGCUACGUAUCCUUGUCAGACGUCUUCUUUAUCAUCACAAGUUCCUCCUCUGCCACCACCUCGUCGAAUUUAUCAGCAAUGGACGGAUGACGACGCCGUGGCUGAUGAUCAUUUAACGUAUAUUUCCUUCUNCGUUUGA